AUGAUGAUGAAAUCGAAGUUUGAGUGUGGAAACCAAGAUGCUAAUGUUGAUGAUGGAGAAAUUAAUUGGAAUAAUGGUCAACUGCUACUGCAAGACAUUCAAGAAAUAAGCAAAGCUCUUUAUGCUCCUUCUAGGCCUUCCUUCUCCUCUGUUCGUAAUCGAUCCAAAUCUGCCGGAAAAGCCCAGUUGUCGAAAUCUCAAGUUGCCUUAACCCCGGGAUUUCUAAAGGAUGAUCCGUUACCUAAGGACAAGAAAUUGUCUUCGGCGUGGAAUUGGAAGAAGCCAUUGAAAGCUUUGACCCAUAUUGGUGAUCAAAAAAUCAAAUGCUGCUUUAACCUUCAUGUCCACUCAAUUGAGGGUCUGCCUUUGAGUUUUGAUGGAAUUAGGUUAUGUGUGCUUUGGAAAAGGAAAAGCAACAUUUUGCAGACGCGCCCGUCAAGGGUUCUCCAGGGUGUUGUAGAGUUCAAUGAAACUUUGAGUCAUGGAUGUUCUGUUUAUGUUAGCCGCGCUGUGUCUGCUCACUCUAUGAAGUAUGAGUCUAAGAGGUUCCUGAUUUAUGCCUCUAUUGUGGAGGCACCUGAACAUGACAUAGGGAACCAUCAAGUGGAUCUCACAAGGCUUUUACCUCUGAGUUUAGCAGAGUUAGGGGGUAAUAGAAGUUCAGGGAAAUGGAGCACAAGUUUUAGGUUGUCAGGAAAAGCUGUAGGAGCUAGCCUAAAUGUUAGUUUCAGCUAUCAAAUAAUGAAGGAUGAGUUAAUGCAAUUUGGUGGUGAUAAUUUGAAUGUUCUCGACCUUAUUAAUCUGAAGCCAGGCAGGCCAAGCAGCACAAGCAGUGUUAUGGAUUUUGGUCUUGUCCCUUUUCAUUCUGAUAAUUUGAUUUUAUCCCCAGAAGCAUUGAUGAAUUCUGGCUCAAGUCUUUCCAGAUCAAUCAGUUUCCUAUAUCAAAAACUGGAUGAGGGGAACAUCCAUAAUUCAGAACGAGCAGACACAGAACAAUUUGGGCCACUUAAAUCUCAUGUUACAGAAUCAGUGUCACCUCAACAAUCAAAUCAACAUGAACCUGAUGACGCUGAAUUUUCCAUUAUAGAACAUGUAGAAACAUUGGAAGGGGAUCCCUUGAAAAUUGAAGGGGACCCCUUGAAAAUUGAUCAGUCAGGAAAUCAAACAGUUGAUUUGUCAACAGUUGAAAUCAUUAAUGUGGAUGAUAUUAUUAAGGAUGAUGACAUAUUUGUUGACAAGAACACAAGUUUGGAUUCAAUGGAUAAAAUAUGCGCUGGUUGUGUAAAUGGGACUAUGGCAGAUGACAGCAAACACAAAUGCAGUAGUUCAAGUGUCACUAUAACUUGCAUCAAGGAUGGAGAUAUACUUCCUGAGACAUCAGAGUUUCUUGAACGAGAACUCUACCCUGAUGUCAAAUCAAAUUAUAAAUCACGUAGAAUAACACAAAAAUCAAGUAGCUUGGAUUUUAUCACUGAAUCGAUUGCAAAUGAUUUCUUAAACAUGCUGUCCUAUGAGAGUGGUUCAUUUGGCUCAAGUUUUGAUUGUGAUCCUCAGUCUCCCAGAGAGAAGCUUUUAAGACAGUUUGAGAAAGAGGCUUUAGCUUCAGGUAAUUUCACUUUUGAUUUCAAUGCAAAUGACGAGGAAUUGGGGACAGAGACACUUGGACAUAGCUAUGGGGAUUACACUGUGGAUUCUGAUUUGUCUUUACUUAUUCAAGCUGCUGAGGAGGAGCAUGCCAGGGAGAAUCAGUUAUUAAUGCAGAGAAGGAAGGCCAAAAUUCUUGAAGACCUAGAGACUGACUCAUUGAUGCAACUGUGGGGUUUAAAUGAGAGGGACUUUGAAAAUUCUCUGGGAACUUUUUCUGGUGGAUUUGGAAGUCCAAUUGAACUACCCAAUGAAGAAUCGUCCAUGUUACCUUCAAUUGGACUGGGUCUUGGUUCAUUUGUUCAAAUUACGGGUGGAGGCUUUUUGAAGUCCAUGAGUCCUUCCCUUUUCAGAAAUGCUAAGAAUUGUGGUAACCUCAUUGCUCAGGCUUCUAAUUCAGUUGUUCUACCUGCAAAAAUGGGUACUGAUAUACUGGAUAUACUGCUGCAUGUGGCUUCUGAUGGAAUUAAUGAGCUUUGUGAUCAUAUCCAUAUAUUAUUUCCUUUGCAAGAUAUCAAUGGAAAAUCCAUUGAGCAUAUUGCGUGUGAAGCUACAACCAACAUAGGGACUCCAGGAAGGCAGAGGUCAUGUCAGCAUGAUUUGUUUGAUGAAUUUCCAUCUAAUGAUUUAACAGAUGAAGGAAUGAGCUUGGACACUGUAUCUCUAGAAGCAAUAGCUCCUAUGGCUGUUAAUAAGAUUGAAGAACUUUUGAUAGAAGGGUUGAGAAUACAGUCUUGCACGUUGUACGAGGAGGCACCAUCAUAUAUCCGUCCCCAACAUGCAAAGACGCCUUCCAUUGGUAGCAGAAGAGCCAACUGGAAAGGGUUUGCCACAUCAGAAAAAGCUGCUAAAAUGAAACUAGAAGAUGGUGGAGAAAUUGGCCAUGAUGAUCGUGGAUUGAUGGGGCUGUCAAUAACAUUAGAUAAGUGGUUGAGAUUGGACUCUGGCAUCAUUGAAGAGGAUCAGAAUUCAGAGAAUAUUUUGAAGAUCUUACAAGUACACCAUUCUAAAAUCAGAGAGUUACAUGGAGAGUUGAAAAAUGAAAUGGACCAGGUAAAAACAUAUGGCAGACAGCACGGACUCUUGGGGAACCACCUAACGGUGGCUUUUAUGAUCCAGCUUAGGAAUCCUCUAAGAAAUUAUGAGCCAGUAGGUGCUCCAAUGCUGGUUUUGACUCAGGUGGAAAGAGUUCAUAUACAUGCAAUGCAGCAAGAGGGCAGCAAUUUUCUGGAUAAAAGGGAAAAGGAAAUAGAGAAUGAGACCCUACUAAAUAAGACAAGUAGCGAGCGUCUGGAAGAUACGAAUACCGAUAAUGAAUCACCUCGAUUUAGAUUUAAAAUCAAAGAGAUUCAUCUUUCUGGUGUCUUUGCCAAAGCUGGAAGCAGACAACUUUGGGGUACUGCAACUCAGCAACAGUCUGGGAUCCGGUGGUUGUUUGGCAGUGGCAUGGCUGGUACAGUCAAACAUUCAACUUCAUCAUCGAAGGCAAUUAUAUUAUCAUCUCCACUGUUUACCAAGAAGGUGCUGAAUGAGGACAUCCUGUGGAGCAUUUCUUGUGUAAAUAGUUUCACAAGGACUAAUAGUAAAGAGCUGCCAGCUAAAAAUGUACACAUUCGGAACCCUGAUAUCAUCUUCCCAAGUUGA